AUGCGAAAAGCCGAGUGUCUAUCGCCCGACUUUUUCGGAGGCCUAGGCUGGGUGGCCCAACAUGGCGAUGAGAAACUUCUAGGGCCUUUCUCCGGCGAACCUACCUUCGUUGCCUUACCAAUAAUUAUAGAAGCCUUGGCUGAACACAAUAAUCAGCCAGGCUACAAGGAUUUCUUUUACUAA